CUUCAAAAGGUCAUUGAGAAGAUUCCACCACCCCAAUGUAAUACUGCUGAUCCGUUGAAAGCCUUAGUAUUUGACUCCACCUUUGACCACUACCGAGGUGUCGUAGCUAACAUUGCACUCUUUGGUGGGGAGAUUCAGAAAGGGCAUAAAAUUGUGUCUGCACACACAAAGAAAAGAUACGAAGUUAAUGAAGUUGGAAUUCUGACUCCAAAUGAGCAGCCGACACAUAAGCUGAACUACCUUGUUUGAGAGUGGAAGGGAAUGGGGCUUCAUCUUAGUUAUUGCUGCAGCGUAUUUUGAGGGUGGAAAACUUAAAAUCCAUGAAUGCAACAGCUUCCAGAAACUGGCUCCUCAUGGCAGCAGUGGGAAGAAAAUCAGGUGGGCUACCUGAUUGCUGGAAUGAAAGAAGUAACAGAAGCCCAAAUAGGAGACACACUGUUUUUGUAUAAACAGCCAGUGGAGCCUUUGCCUGGCUUUAAGUCAGCGAAGCCAAUGGUUUUUGCAGGAAUGUAUCCUGUAGAUCAAACAGAAUAUAAUAAUCUCAAAAGUGCUUUGGAAAGGCUGACAUUGAAUGACUCCAGUGUAACUGUUCAUCGUGACAGUAGCCUUGCCUUAGGAGCUGGAUGGAGGCUGGGUUUCCUUGGUCUUUUACAUAUGGAAGUUUUUAACCAACGUUUGGAGCAAGAGUAUAACAUUUCUGUUAUUUUGACUGCACCUACAGUUCCAUAUAAAGCUGUUCUUUCCUCAGCAAAGUUGAUAAAGGAGUAUGGUAAAGCAGAGAUUACUAUUAUCAACCCUGCUCAGUUUCCUGAUAAACUUUCAGUAUCUGAAUAUUUAGAGCCAACUGUUCUUGGUACUAUUGUAACACCUCAUGAAUAUAUUGGGAAAAUAAUCGCUUUGUGUCAGGAUCGUAGGGCAGUCCAGAAGGAUAUGGUGUACAUUGAUGAACACAGGGUUAUGCUAAAAUACCUCUUUCCACUGAAUGAAAUCGUGGUGGAUUUUUAUGAUGCCCUUAAGUCUCUGUCUUCUGGUUAUGCAAGUUUUGAUUAUGAAGAUGCAGGAUACCAGGCAGCAGACCUUAUCAAAAUGGAUAUUCUUCUAAAUGGAAAUCCAGUUGAAGAACUGGCAACAGUAAUACACAAUGAUAAGGCAUAUGCUACUGGUAAACUCCUGUGUGAACGUUUAAAAGAUACUAUACCUAGACAGUUGUUUGAAAUAGCCAUCCAGGCUGCUGUUGGCAAGAAAAUCAUUGCAAGAGAAACGCUGAAAGCUUACAGAAAAAAUGUUGUGGCAAAAUGUUACGGUGGAGACAUUACAAGAAGAAUGAAGCUUUUAAAGAGGCAGGCAGAAGGGAAGAAGUUGAUGAGAAAAAUUGGCAAUGUGGAAGUACCAAGAGAUGCCUUUAUACGUGUUCUAAAGAGACAAACUGACAAAUAGAGAUCAGUGACAUGCAGCUGAUUAGUCUCUCAACUUUUUGUAGACAGCAGCAUAAUGAGCUAAUGUAUAAUUUAUCACUGUGAAAGGGAACAUAUUUGACUUUAAAUGGUGUAAAUUAAAUAUAUGUGGGAACAUAAAUUGAAAGGAUUAUGUACUUAAAAUGUGCAGACACUUGUAGAUUAUUAUGAAAUUAAAAUUACUUAAUUU